AUGGGAAUUAGCCAAAGGACGGUGUCUCGUCCGACCACACCCAUGAAAAAGGGAGAGGUCGGAAGAGGGGUUCCGUUCCGCAGGCCCACACCUCCGGUGACACCGAAGGAUGUCGACUUCGGUCCAGCUUGUGAUGCACAAGCCAGGAUCAGACGAAUCAUCUCCCGGUCUGAGGUGAAAGACCCCGAUCACGACCCAGUGCCUUCGAGCCCGGCAGCUCCGCCAAUGGCCCCGGCCUCGACGGUUCCGGUUGUGCCACCACCUGGGCAUGGCGGCCCGCACAUCUUAGAGGAUUCCAGAGGGGCCCUCGGCGAGUCUGACCUGGGGCUUCCAGGCACAGUUAUGGAUCCCAUCUUGGAAGAUGGAGGCAUAGUUGUUGGCACAUCGAGGAGCCGAGCCUCUUCUCGCGCCUCCCGGCGCUCGACCACAGCGCCACGCUCCUCCAUGUUCCCGUGGAUGGCGAGCCCGUCGGGCUUGCGUGACAUUGACGAAGGCAUACCUAUAUCUGCCACCGGACCUCGGUAUGCGGGCACCCCUGCCCAGGCAGCAGAGGCCUUGCUCAACGGAGUGUCCGAGGCAGUGCAUUCUCCGUUUUCUGCUGCUCCGGAUACUAGAGGAGCGGCUGCCAAGGCCUCAAUGCCGAGACACGUGGCUUGCAUACGAAAGCAAGUUCUCGCUUCCAGGCCUGGGAAACUUAAGGGCUCUAUAGAAGAUGCUUGGCUCAUUCAGGUUGAUUCAUACAUAUAUACACACAUAUUUGUUUACAUGUGA